AUGCUCACAUACGAGCAGAUUGACGCCUGCUUUGAGUUUGCCGUAUACUACGGCUGUCGAGCCGCGUUCCAACCCCUGAAGAGCGCCGGCGCGAAUUGCGACGACACUAUAUUCUGUGGCGACGAGAAUGACAGCUGUGCAGUGAACGAGUUUUUGGACGGCAACCUGGGUAACUACAAUGACGAUUCAUGUCAUCUAGCUGCGAUAAAUGGCCACCGGGAGUAUCUGACGUCGGUUAUCCACCACUGCCCCUUUGACAUUGUGCGAUACCGCGACAUGGAGUACUGUGUACACGACAUUGUGUUGUACGCACUGGAGAGGGAGCUGCUGUCAAAAUCGGAAAACCAGGAUUGCUACGAUGCAGCCGUACUAUUUACAUGUAUUGAGCUCCUCGACGACGCUGGGGCGGUUGGAGAUCACGAUCAAUAA